GCAUCUUGGGGCCGAAAAAGGACCCCCGAUAAUCGACAUCAGAUUACCAAAACAUUGAGUCGAGCAGAACAUAUAUUCAUUCCGCUUGGCAUUUCCGGGGGAAGGUUCACCGAAUGGCGCUGCAGUGGAUGAUUCUGACGUACGUGGUGGCAGCGGAGGCCGCCAUCGCCGUUCUCCUCACUCUGCCCGCACCCAGGCUCUUGAAAAACCGUUUGGUUUCCCUUGUUUCCCUAAUCUUACAACCUGCUCUCUUCAUCGUCCCCUUCGCCGGCUUCCAGAUCCUUGAUUUAUACUGGAAGAAUGAACAUCGAUUGAUGUGUACUUCCGAGGUUUGUACUGCUGCGGAGCGAGACCGAUACGAGAAAUCUCUCUAUAAAGCUCAAAGAAACGUGAUUCUAUGUGCUUCAGCAUGUCUUCUAUACUGGUCUAUCUACCGGAUAUGCAAGUAUCAGAAGGAUAUCCAAAGUCUGGAGGAAGUGGAGAAGAGAAGCAAGGAGCAGUAGGAUUCUCGUCAAUCCGUUGUGUUAAUUGAGGAUUCAGUCUCUUGUUAUAGUCUGGCCUAGACGCUAUGGACAUGAAAACGUAAUUCACUAAAUCAUCCGUAGCUCUAAAUCUCCAAUCAUUUUGUGCUGGUUGAAAUCAUAACAUUCUGCAGAUUGUGUAGUUCAAUCUUCUCCUCUCUUCUAUCGAAUCCUUUACCCUUGUCCGUAUUUUUUUCAAUUGAAGAAAUGAACCCCAGUACAACAUUUUUAAGGUGCCAAAAA